AUGAUUGAAGAAUCAGAACGUCAUUUCGAAAUAAUAAUGAACAGACCAACACUUGAGGAAAUGAACAAGCCUUCCCACAUUGGCGGUUGCCUUCCUAUUUGGGGGAUCAUUUAUCUGGAUUUCGUUGACUUUGAUGUCAUCGAGAACCACCAGUCAACUAUUGAUUAUUCUCUACCCCGGAUCAGCCACAUUAAGAAUGCUGACUUCCAAUACCUAGCUUUGGUUGAUAGGAAUUAUGAGUCUAGGAAAGCGUUUGGAGUACUACCAUUAUACUAA